AUGAAAUACGACAUCCGGGGCCCUAACUCAAAGAAAAAGGUUGUUAUGAGACUGAACAACGACAAAAUAGGUCCUAGAAUUUCCGGCUUUAACGAGGCACAAAUGAUAGUGCAUCUUGAGUACUUCACAGACAAAGAAACUGUGAAGCGAUCCCAGCAACAGGAGGGAGGGUACAAUUAUUUAUUAAUGAACGAUCAGAGCGCGUAUGAAGCGUGUAGUGGAUAG